AUGGCUGCUGCACCCACCAACGAGCUCAAGCUCGACCCCAAGUACGACAACUACGACUAUCCUACUACUGCUCCCACCGCUCAGAGUGGACAUCCUGGCCAUACCACGCCUGAGCAAGAUGCCGCUGUUGCCCAGCUGCGGAUGAGUUUGGAGCAGGCCGGCCACACUAAGAACCUCGAUACCCUGACUCUGCUGCGCUUUCUCCGUGCAAGAAAGUUCGAUGUCAAGCUGGCGGAGAAGAUGUUUGUCGACUGCGAGAAGUGGAGGGCCGAAUACGCUGGCGUAGGUGUCGAGGAACUUGUCCGUACUUUUGACUACAAGGAGCGGCCCGAGGUUUUCAAGUACUACCCUCAGUACUAUCACAAGACAGACAAGGAUGGCCGCCCGCUCUACAUUGAGCAACUCGGUAGCGUCGAUCUCACCGCUCUCCACAAGAUUACGUCCGAGGAACGCAUGAUUCAGAACCUGGUCUGCGAAUACGAAAAGAUGGCCGAUCCCCGUCUUCCCGCCUGCUCACGCAAGUCGGGCUAUCUCCUUGAGACGUCGUGCACAAUUAUGGACCUGAAGGGCGUUGGCAUCGGCAAGGCAUCCUCGGUCUACGGCUACCUUGGGGCUGUUUCCACCAUCAGCCAAAACUACUACCCCGAGCGUCUGGGUAAGAUGUACGUCAUCAACGCCCCCUGGGGCUUCUCUGGCGUCUUCAGCAUCGUCAAGAAGUUCCUUGAUCCCGUCACAAGCGCCAAGAUCCACGUUCUGGGCUCUGGAUACCAAAAGGAGUUGCUGGCUCAGGUCCCAGCUGAGAACCUGCCCAAGGCGUUUGGUGGAUCGUGUGAGUGCGAGAAGGGCUGUCAAUUGAGCGAUGCGGGCCCAUGGUGGGAUCCUCAGUGGGCAAGGGAACCCAAAUGGGCCAAGAAGAGCGACGACGCCAUUGACAACUCUGCACUUCCUGCGCCUACGGACGGUGCUGCUCCCGCACCUGUUGCGCCUGCUGGUGCUGAGCCUGCCGCUGCGCCUGCUCCCGCACCAGCUACCACUUAG